AGACUCUGCUACUGUGGAAGGGAAAAGCCCUGUGUGUGUGUGCGUGUGUUUCAUAUCCACAGUGAGAAAAGCUCAUACACGGAGAAUCUUUCCUUCUUCCUCGUGCACCGCUGUCAGGACUUCCUCUCUCUCUUUCUCACACACACUCUCAGCCUCUCUCUACCAGGAUGCUGUGGAACAAACGGCGCGUCGGUUCCAGAGUAACAGCGGGCUGUUUGAUCUUCUUCUUCUUCUUCUUCUCCGCCUUUCACGUCACCUUUGCUGCCGCCAGCUCAGGAACAGUCUCACAGAGCCAGGACGAUAAGCACGACGUCCACAACAAUCAACUGGACCUGCGGGAGAUAGUUUUCAUCAUCCAGAGCCAGAGGAACGUAUUCCACGUGAGGCAGGCGGAGAGACGGAGAACGGAUUUACUCAAGCAGGCACAUGGUCUCACAGAGAAACCACCAGUGGUUUUGCUGCUUCACAGUUUAUCAGAAAAUGAGGGAGAUUGGAGUAUCCUUCCUCUGCUGCCUGACUUAUCCUAUAGCUUUGGAAGAAACUCCUCCUGGAUCGUGUUUCUUGAGGAGGAAACUAAUGUGAACAUGACUAAUCUCGUUCAAGUGCUCGUGAAAUUUGACAAGAAUAAAGAGUGGUUUCUGGGUAAACCCCUCCGUGACCAGGAGUCGACCAUCAUCCACCACUACGCCUUUGCAGAGAAUCCGUCCGUCUUCAAAUAUCCGGACUUUGCUGCCGCUUGGGCUUUGAGCAUCUCUCUGGUCAAUCGGCUUGCAAAGAAGGUGAAAGAUGAGCCUCUCAAAUCUGACUUCACCAUUGACCUGAAACACGAGGUUGCCUUGUAUAUCUGGGAUAAUGGGAAAGGUCCACCUCUCACCGCUGUUCCCGAGCUGUGCACGGAGUCGGCCGACUCUCCUCAGGCUCGGCACUGUGCCACCACUCUGAUCAGCGAGCCUCCGCUCUGUGGGGAGCCUGUACAUAAAGAAGAUAUAUUUGUCGGCGUGAAAACGUGUAAGAAGUUUCACAGUGAAAGAGUUCCAGUGAUAAAGGAAACGUGGGAGAAGGACGCACUAUUCUUGGAGUACUACAGUGACCACGAUGAUCCUUCAAUACCGACCAUUAAUUUAGGAGUACCAAACACUGAGCGAGGCCACUGCGGGAAAACGUUUGCAAUCCUCCAGAGAUUUCUGAGCAGCAGCGUCCCAAACACCAAGUGGCUCCUCAUCGUAGACGACGACACACUGAUCAGCCUCCACAGACUGCGAGCGCUGCUGAGCUGUUACGACCCGUCUGAUCCGGUGUGUCUCGGGGAGAGGUACGGCUACGGCCUGAGCCAAGGCGGCUACAGCUACAUCACAGGAGGCGGAGGUAUGGUGUUCAGCAGGGAGGCCGUGGUCCAGCUCCUCAACAGCGGCUGCAAGUGCUACAGCAACGACGCUCCGGACGACAUGGUGCUGGGAAUGUGCCUCAACGCUCUCGGACUUCCUGUCACGCACAGUCCGCUCUUCCAUCAGGCGCGGCCCGAGGAUUAUCCCAGAGACUUCUUAGCUCACCAGGUGCCAAUCUCUUUCCAUAAACACUGGAACAUCGACCCUGUUGCCGUUUUCAACAAAUGGCUUCGGGACGAGUCGAGGCCGAAACCUUCAGCCGGACUUAACAAGAGCACGAAGACGGAAUUAUAACAGUGUGGAGCAUAUGGACAGUCUGUCUGAAUAUGUGUGUGUGAGUGUGAGAGAGCGAGAGAGGGUGUGUUAUGGAGCCAUGGUACUUAAACAUGUUUCUUUAUAGAUGUAAAUGUUUUGUAUUAUUAAAGGUGAUAUACGUAAGACUUUUAAUUUAAUAUGUAUGUAUGUAGUUUGUGUUAUUUGUUAAUCCAGGUGCAAAUCAAGUAUUAAAAUUAUACGAUUAUAGAUGACACAAAUUGGUGUAUCUACUGCCCUUUUUUAGUUUUUAGUUUUUUUAUCUGUCGCUCCGCCCACUUUCACCGACCCAGUAACGCAGCACGUAGCACUUCGACACACACUGGGACGCCAGCAGAGUGAGUAGAGAGCAGACAGUGGCUGAGUUUUGGAAAUGAACAAUAUCUGGCAUUAAAAAGCCUCAGCACUCCUCUCAAAAAUGUCUCAACCAGAGAGCGAAAAACAAGGGUCUGCAGCGGAGAUGCAUUUAAAUAUAGAUGCUAAAUAUUCUGAGGAAGAUGAUGGCAGUCACGCUCUCUCUCUCUCUAUAUACGUCUUUUUUUAACGAAUAUAAGGUUUUUUUUUAUAAGGCAGACACACUCUUACGUUCAGUCUCCGCCUGCUGCUACACGCUAAUAUGAAGCUAAUAUGUGUUCAGUAUUUAUGUUCAGUUACUAUACAUAUUUGGAUGUAUUUGUAAAUGGAGACAGUCUAACAGCUAGGGUUGUACAUGUAAAGGGGCAGAAAAUUCCCUGGUAAAUUUCCAGAAACUUUCAAUGGGAACCAUUUAGUUUGACUUUCUAUGGUGAUUUGUGGGGAAUAUUGAAAAAUACUUUAAUUAGUAUUCUUUAAUUAUUUAAAGAAACUGUGUCAUACAAAUAUAAAUAAUAUAUAUACACGUGUAUAUAUAUAUGUACAAUAUUUAACCUUAGAUGCGCCUUCAAAAAAGUUACGUCAACACACCUAGAGCACCAAAGCACCAAAAUGUGUUGAUUGUAUAAAUUGUUUGUUUUUUAUUGUUCAGUCCAUUCCACACAAUCAAAUGUUAAUGGAUUAAACAACAAAAAAAAACACAAUAAAUGAUUCAUGCCCGGUGUGUGUGAAAGAUUAGCAGAAACAUUUGUUUAUGUUGUAUUUCAUAAAAUACUUAUGUUAGCACACCUAGAGCAGCACCAACAUUUUUUUUAAAAAGUAUACAUUUUUUCCAACAUCAGUCCUCAUCAUACAUAUCAAACAUGAAUUUAUUUGUAGAGUUUUUAACCCUUAAUUUGCCAUGUUUUUGUCAUGGUGCAUCAAAAACAGUGAUUUUAAUGGGUUUCACUGAGGACAUUUUUGUGCCUAAGUGUGUUAGUGUGAGUAUUUUACUUAACGUUAAAAAUUAAGAAAACAAGCAUACAUUUUUAACAUGAAAGGAUAUAAAUUAAAAGCCAAAAACACAAAAAUGUGUCCAGGUGUGAUAAGGGGUUAAGUUCCCAAACUUCGAUUUUGAAAAUUUGCCACCCAUAUAUGGACAGGUAAACAUCUUAUAGCAUCUUGUUUCCAUAUUUUCUUAAAAUCUGGCAACCACACCUCUGUAUUGAUUUCAGUUUUAAACGCUAAAAGCCGCUGUUGUACAUAUUUUACGUAUAUCACCUUUAACGUUUAAUUGUCACAGAGAGGAUCCAAGCAAACGUGUGUUGUGACUGAGGUGCAUGUUGAGGUUAGUGUUAUUUUGGAAAUCUGAUUAAAAUGUGUGUAUUAUUUAUAUCUGGAGAAUAAUCUGAACCUUGUGGAGGAUAUUAUCCUCUUAUUAUUAUUUUUCUUCUCUGAGAUACUUUGUCUUUCAAGAAAGCAUCUUUAAUGCUGUACAAUGUUGCUCUAUUUUGACAUAAAAGUAUGAAUAUUUAA